AUGGCUUUGAAUCCGGAUACAAGCCGGCUGACGGUCCAGAAUGCACCGUUUCACCCAUCGCACCGGGCAUCUCAGUCUCUGGACGGAGAGACGUUACGAUCGAGAUCAGGCUCAUUCAACUCGUGUGCCGACACCAUCACCAGAUCAAGAGCGAACUCAGAAGCCGUUUCAGAAUGCCCCAAAGAACCUAUGAUUUCGGAAGAUCCCAGGGAAGACAUCGACGACGUCUCCGUAUCAGAAGCUCUACGCCCAGAUCCUCGAAAUGAGAAUGACUUCCAUGUGGAGAAUAACAAGUUUGCUUUCUCGCCCGGGCAGUUGAACAAGAUGUUGAACCCUAAGUCCCUGGCUGCCUUUCAAGCACUGGGAGGCAUGCGUGGGUUGGAGCGUGGGUUGCGGACGGACUUGACAUCGGGUUUGUCGAUAGAUGAGUCACGUCUGGAGGGCAGUGUUGGGUUUGAAGAGGCAACAUCUUUGAAGCAGGCUUCUAUGGAUGCUCAGCCGGCUCAUGUUGAUACACCGCCAACAGCAACCGAUUCCCAGUUCGAGGACCGCAUCCGAGUUUUCAGUCAGAAUAGAUUACCAGCCCGGAAGACAACCGGCAUUCUGAAACUGUUCUGGCUCGCUUAUAACGAUAAGAUUAUCAUCCUGCUGACCAUCGCUGCCGUCGUCUCGCUGUCUCUGGGUAUCUAUGAGACAGUGAGUGCUGGGCAUGGUGUUGACUGGAUCGAAGGUGUUGCUAUCUGCGUGGCUAUCUUGAUUGUCACUAUCGUCACUGCUGCAAAUGACUGGCAAAAGGAAAGGCAAUUUGCCAAACUCAACAAGCGAAACAGUGACCGAGAGGUCAAGGCUGUCCGCUCGGGCAAGGAUGCUAUGAUCUCCGUUUACGAUAUCACGGUCGGUGAUGUUCUUCAUCUUGAACCAGGUGAUGCCAUCCCGGCAGAUGGUAUUCUCAUCUCUGGCCAUGGUGUCAAGUGUGAUGAGUCUUCCGCCACUGGAGAAUCCGAUCAGAUGAAGAAGACCAGCGGACAUGAAGUUUGGCAACGGAUCAACAAUGGAACCGCCCAAAGGAAGCUGGACCCCUUCAUGAUCUCGGGUGGUAAGGUUCUCGAAGGCGUUGGAACCUACCUGGUCACCAGUGUUGGUCCCUAUUCAUCUUACGGCCGCAUCUUGCUGUCGCUGCAAGAGUCGAACGAUCCCACCCCGCUUCAGGCCAAACUCGGAAAACUGGCUGAUUGGAUUGGAUAUUUGGGCUCAGGUGCCGCGAUCGCCUUGUUCUUCGCUUUGCUCAUUCGAUUCCUUGCCCAGCUCCCAGGAAACACUGACACUCCUGCGGUCAAGGGAAAGGAAUUUGUCGAUAUUCUCAUUGUCGCCGUCACUGUGAUUGUUGUUGCAAUCCCAGAGGGGCUUCCACUGGCUGUCACACUUGCUCUUGCUUUUGCCACGACACGGAUGGUCAAGGAAAACAACUUGGUCCGCGUCCUUCGUGCCUGUGAAACAAUGGGCAACGCAACUGUGAUUUGCUCGGACAAGACCGGAACUCUGACCCAGAAUAAAAUGACAGUUGUCGCUGGCACCUGGGGCUCCAACAAGAGCUUCAGCCAAGAUCCAAGUGAUGAUGCCCCUGAUGCCACGGUGACUGUCUCUGAGGUCUUCAAGCAAUGCUCCAAGGCAGUACGGGACUUGAUUGUCAAGAGCAUUGCCUUGAACUCUACGGCAUUUGAGGGCGAAAAGGAUGGAGCUAAAGAAUUCAUUGGAAGCAAAACGGAAGUGGCAUUGCUGCAACUGGCUCGGGACUACCUGGGCAUGGAUGUGGCCACAGAGCGUGCUUCCUCGGAGAUUGUUCAGUUGAUUCCCUUCGAUUCCGCCCGCAAGUGUAUGGGCGUGGUAUACCGCGAACCCACAACAGGCUAUCGUCUCCUUGUCAAGGGAGCUGCUGAAAUCAUGGUCGGGGCUUGCUCGACAAAAGUGGCCGAAAUGGAGACAUCGGCUAGCCGUGUCGUCAUCGACCAGUUCUCCGAAAAGGACAGGCAGAUGAUGCUCAACACCGUCAAUUCAUACGCUGAAAAGUCUCUUCGAACAAUCGGCAUGGUCUAUCGAGACUUUCCAAGCUGGCCUCCCAUGCAUGCCCAGACCUUGGAAGAUGACCUUCAGACAGCCAAGUUCGAGGAUAUCUUCCGUGAUAUGACCUGGGUUGGAGUUGUGGGUAUCCAGGAUCCCCUCAGACCUGAAGUGCCUCCUGCCAUCAAGAAGUGCCAUGUUGCUGGUGUUCAGGUCAAGAUGGUUACUGGUGACAACUUAGCAACAGCCUCUGCGAUCGCAUCAUCUUGUGGCAUCAAGACUGAUGAUGGAAUUGUCAUGGAGGGCCCCAGAUUCCGCCAGCUGUCGGACCAGGAAAUGGAUGAGGUCAUCCCUCGCCUUCAAGUCCUGGCUCGGUCUUCGCCAGAGGAUAAACGCAUUCUGGUGGAACGUCUUAAGAAACUGGGUGAGACGGUGGCAGUCACAGGAGAUGGUACCAACGAUGGCCCUGCUUUGAAGACAGCCGAUGUUGGCUUUUCCAUGGGAAUUGCUGGCACGGAAGUCGCCAAAGAAGCCAGUUCUAUCAUUCUUCUCGACGACAACUUCAAGUCUAUUGUCACUGCAAUUGCUUGGGGUCGGGCAGUUAAUGAUGCCGUCGCCAAGUUUCUACAGUUCCAAAUCACCGUCAACAUCACAGCUGUCAUGCUCACAGUCGUUUCGUCGCUCGCUAGCAGCAGCAACGAGAGUGUUCUGAGCGCUGUGCAACUGCUUUGGGUCAACCUGAUCAUGGAUACCUUUGCUGCUCUUGCCCUUGCAACUGACGCACCUACUGAAAGCAUCCUCGACCGGAAGCCCGUUCCUAAAAGUGCCCCUCUGUUCACAAUGACCAUGUGGAAGAUGAUUCUCGGACAAGCUGUUUACCAACUUGCUAUCACUUUCAUGCUUUACUUUGGCGGUAGCAAAAUCCUCGGAAGCCAACUGAGCGCGGACAACGCGCAGAAAGAGCUGGAUACAAUUGUUUUCAACACCUUUGUGUGGAUGCAAAUCUUCAACGAGUUCAACAACCGACGACUUGACAACCGGUUCAACAUCUUCGAGGGAAUGUUCAAGAACUACUGGUUCCUUGGUAUCAACUGCAUCAUGAUUGCUGGUCAAAUCAUGAUCGUUUUCGUCGGAGGUGCUGCCUUUAGCGUCACUCCGCUCAAUGGAGUUCAGUGGGCGAUCUGCAUCGUCUGUUCCAUCUGCUGUCUUCCUUGGGCUGUCGUCCUCCGCCUUAUUCCCGACUCUUACUUUGCAGUUAUUUUCAACGCUGCUGUCGGGGCUGUGAACUUCAUUUUGAAGCCUAUCUUCAAAGCCUUUGGCCUCGUCGGGAAGGGAUUCAAAGCUGCUUUCCGACCUGCCAAACGCGCCCUACAUCGCGAACCAAAGAGAGAAAUCAACACGUCUGACGAAGAGGCUGCGGUUUUGGCUGACUUGGACCUCGACCGAAAGCGAACUCCGGAGGCACCCAUGACUCCUGUCACUGUGCCUCCCAUUACUAUAACGACAUCUUAA